AUGAAAAAAGAUCAUCGUCCUAUCAUCUGGGCAUCCACUCUCUCCGGCGAUAUCGAGGAGGUUUGGUGCCAGUUCAAAGAGAUAGUCUACAGCCUCAUCUCCAACCACUGUCCAAUCAUGCGCAGAAGGCUAACGAAUAGAUCCCGCUGGUUGACUCCGACCUUAAAGGAGGAAGUUAACAGGAAGAUGAAGCUAUGGGAAAGAUGGCUCUUAGACCGGACGCCAGAAUACUUAAGCAAUUAUAAGUUACAGAGAAACCGGGUCAAAAUUCUCAUCGCCAGAGAUUGGAAAGCCUUCGAAAAGGAUCUUUCGAGACCUGUCACAGUUAAUCCCAAAGUCCUUUACAGUUACAUAUGGCAGAGUACACGGAACAAAGACCCCAGCCCACUGCUGCGAACGGCUAGGGAAACGGAAAUCUCAGGUGACAAGGAUAAGGCCGAGCAUCUCCUUCAGUUCUUCAAGUCCGUCGUGGCAACUGAACUCGAUUUUUUCUCACACACUUGUGAAGACGAAGAAACGCCUACUUUUGAAACAGUCUUAUUAACCGAACCAAUCUUUCAGAAAGAGUUACUAAACCUGGAGGAAUCGACCUCCCCAGGCCCUGAUGCAAUUCCGGCCAAGCUGCUGAAGGAGCUAGCCCCCGAAAUGUCCAAACCGUUAUCCUUGAUAUUUCAAACGUUUAUCGUUACGGGGUGCCUGCCCUCCGACUUGAAGUGCGCUACCAUUACUCCGCUUUUUAAGGGUGGAAGUCUUAUGUCUGCGAAUAACUACAGACCAGUGAUUCUCACCUCCAUCUGUAGCAAAAUCAUGGAAAAGAUCGCUAAGAAAGCCUUGAUGCAAUUUCUCGAGCAGCACCACUUCCUCUUCGAUAUCCAACAUGGCUUUCGAAGUGGUACGUUCUGUCUCACGAAUUUGCUCCUUUCACUCGAACGGUUGACCAAAGCACGCUACGAAGGCGAUGUGGUGUACGCCAUCUACAUCGACUUCAAAAAGGCUUUCGAUAGAUUCCCUCACCAACGUCUCUUGCACAAACUGCGCAACGCAGGAAUGCGUGGACGCCUUCUUGCACGGAUACAGAGCUUUUUGACGGCACGGUCCCAAAGAGCGCAGGUCGGUUGCCAACAGUUCUCAGAGGUAAGCGUGGUGAGCGGCGUCCCACAGAGCUCAAUCUUAGACCCCACAUUAUCCCUCGGUUUCAUAAAGGACUGCGCCAAGGACCUACACUGUGGUGCCAUUCUGUUUGUCGACGAAGUAAAAUUGUGGAAAGUUAUUCACAAUGCGGCAGACGGAGACCACCUGCAAACAAACUUGAACAGGCUCGAGGACUCGUCGAAGCGCUGGUUUAUGCCCUUCCAUGUGAGCAAGUGUAGCUUUCUUCAAAUCGGCAGCUGUAGAACCUCCAGCCCCAGGACUUGCCUUCUUCACGGCACACCACUGCAACAAGUUGACAGUCAGAGGGACUCGGGUGUGUGAAUUACAUCUUCAAUCAAACCAGCACUAAACUGCGCGAAGGCGGCUAAGUCUGCCAUGGCAACGUUGCAACUCAUUAGGCGAGCUUUUGUGGGAUUUGACAUUGACUGCCUUUCCAAAAUAUUUGGAACUUUCUUGCGGCCUCAUCUAGAGUACGCCAUACAGCCGUGGAGACAUUGGACUGCCAAGGAGUAUACCGUCUUGGAAAAGGUUCAGAGAUGGGCGACCAAAAUGACAAACGGUCUGGGAGCAUUGCCCUAUGAAAUCAGACUGUCAACUCUCAACCUGUUUCCCCUUUCCUACAGGCACCUACGUGGUAACCGUAUACUAACAUUUCGUAUAAUCGACAGAUUAGACUGUCGUUUAGAUCCAUCUGAUUACUUCACCCCAGCUAACACGCCCACUUUGCGCGGUCAUCCCCUGAAGCUACACUCAGGGAAAGCAAGGAUUAAUGGACAAAAGUUCCCUUUCAGCAGCAGAGUGGUUGCAGCGUGGAAUGUCCUGCCUACCGAUGUUGUAGUCUCCUCCUGUGUGAAUUCCUUUAAGUGUAGACUCGGCGCGUAUCAAGCCGCCCAACUGCCGGCCUCACCUCCAAUCACAUAGUCAGACACAACUUAUAUAUAUUUAUGCUACUUGCAAUUAGUGAGUAAGUGUUAAUGAUUACUCUUUUUUCUUCAAGCUGGCAGUCGUCUGCAAUUAUGUACAAAAUUUCAAUUUCAAUUUUCUACUUAUCAGUGUUUUUUCCCUCCAACGACUUGUUAUCAAUAGGGAGUUCAAAGGCACUCGCCUAUAUUUCUCUUAAUAAAACUGAACUGAACAAGCUUAUCGUGGCUUCCGAACCAAAAAUGCCGUUGAAAGCCUCACAGAUAACUACCCCGUACCCAUUCCCUUAAUCUCAUUCUACAGACUGCCAUAGUAGCACUGCUCAUUAUGGCAGCCUGGAAUGGUCGUUGGCUUCUAGACAAUCCGGAGGCAAACCGUCUGGAAAUAAGGCCGGUUCUGGUCACCCGCGAACUGAGCCGCCACAUAGUGGAUAUGGCGGUUCUCUGUGAGACCCGCCUCUCUGAAAUGACCCAACAAGAGGAGGUGAAUUUCGGAUAA